ACGGACGAUCAGUACGGUGACGGAUUCGUGUAUGGUGGCACGCUCGAUCUGUGGGGCGGCAACGGCAAGAACGACGGAUGCAGCGACAACCAUUUUUUCGGCUGCUACCGCGAAGGACCCGGAUUCGACCCAAAGACUUCGGCGCCAUUCCAAGGUGAAAUCAUCAAUCCAAUCCAAUCUGCGCGUCUCAGAACUCUCAACUCAUUCGCCUUCAAAUACGGAAAAGUGGAGGUCAAGGCGCAGAUGCCCGUGGGAGACUGGUUGUGGCCAGGAAUCAAGCUGCUUCCAAGGAACAACGCUUACGGCAAGUGGCCAGCGUCCGGUGAGAUAGACAUCGUUGAAGCUCGAGGAAACGCUAACGUCACCACCCAGCUUCCCGGUCAAUCUCUCGGUCAGGGAGUCGUGCAGGCCACUAUGCACUGGGGCCCGUAUCCACUGACCAACGCUUUCUUUAGAACCAUCGCUGGAAAGCACAUCGGUGGAGGUUUCCACACAUAUGGCGUCACUUGGACCUCGAGCGCGAUGAACUUCACCAUUGAUGAUGUUCCGUUGCUGAGCGUAGUGCCACCUAGCGACUUCUUUGAGCUUGGCCAAUAUUCUCAAUUUAUAGACAUUGAUAAUCCAUGGGCCGCUGGAGACAAAAUGGCGCCUUUCGAUCAAGAGUUCUAUCUGUCGAUCAAUCUUGCUGUCGGUGGAUCGAACGGAUUCUUCAGUGACGGCUGGACGUACGGCGACAACGGCAAGCCGUGGCUUAAUACCGCACAGUUCCCGAUGCGAGACUUCUGGGAGGGCAAGGACGAAUGGUCGCCGACGUGGCAGGGCGAUGACAGCGCCCUCCAGGUCGACUCUAUUCGCGUCUACAAGCUCGAAGACUCCGAAUAGAAAUCUAACAAACGACGACGCUCCUCUCUCCGCAAUCUCUCUCUCGUCCUCCCCCUCUCUCUCUCUCUC